GCGCGUGCGCGUUAAAGGAUCAGUGCGCGGGCCCGCGGCUGUGCUCGAGGAGUUGAGAGGCGCGUGUUUGUGUGUUUUUGUGUAGUUUUGUGUAGUUUGUUGGUCAUCAGCACAGAGGCGGCUUAAAUGUAGGAGCAGCGCAACAUGGCGGAUAUUUCUCUGCUGCAGGACUCGCAGGAGGACACGGGCAGAUUGCUGGAUUUCGUGUCUCAGGAUGAGAUGUUGACUCCUCUGAGCCGACUGGACAAAUACAUCUGCAGCGAGAACGUCUUCAACAGGCAGAUGGUGGCCCGCAGCCUUCUAGACACACUCCGUGCUGUUAGCGAAGAUGAGCUAGAGUGUGUGUCUGUGCUGGAGAGAAUCGACAGACUCGCAGACGACUCCGAGCCGACGGUGCGGGCGGAGCUGAUGGAGCAGAUCCCACACAUCGCCAUCUUCUGCCAGGAGAACCGGCCCUCCAUCCCCUCCGCCUUCUCCAGAUACCUGCUGCCCAUCGUGGUGCGCUACCUGGCAGACCAGAACAACCUGGUACGUAAGACGAGCCAGGCGGCGCUGCUGGUUCUGCUGGAGCAGGAGCUGAUGGAGCGGGCAGACGUGGAGACUCUGGUGUGUCCUGUUCUGGUGGAUCUCACCGCUCCAGACAGCAAUGAUGACGUCAAGACUGAAGCCAUGGCGAUCAUCUGUAAGAUGGCACCGAUGGUGGGCAAAGACAUCACGGAGCGUUUGUUCCUGCCGCGCUUCUGUGAGAUGUGCUGCGACUGCCGCAUGUUCCAUGUGCGCAAGGUCUGUGCUGCAAACUUCGGUGAUAUCUGCAGUGUUGUUGGAGGAGACGCCACUGAGGAGCUGCUGCUUCCUCGUUUCUUCCAGCUGUGUUCCGAUAAUGUGUGGGGCGUGAGGAAAGCCUGCGCCGAGUGUUUCAUGAGCGUCUCCUCAGCCUCGUCUCCGGAGGUGCGGCGGAGCAAACUCUCAGCGGUGUUCAUCAGUCUGAUCAGCGACCCCUCGCGCUGGGUGCGUCAGGCGGCGUUCCAGUCUCUGGGUCAGUUCAUCUCCACUUUUGCCAGCUCCAGCAGUGCAGCGGGUCAGUUCUUCAGAGAUGAGGCCGACUGGAACACCAGCACACUCAGCACGCACACACACACACCCUCCAGCUCAGAGACGCCGCUCCAGUGCAUUUCCCACAAUGCACCGGGGUGUGAGGAGCCAGACGUGGCGGAGGAGGGCGGCGGAGAGCAGCCGGCAGAGGAGGAACCGGAGGUCAGGGACCCAAUGGAGGAGCAGGAAGCCCUGGAGCAGGACGGGACCCAGCAGGAGGUCAGGGGCCCAGAGGAGGAACAGGAGCCGCAGGACAGGACCACCGGCAGCCCCCAGCAGCAGGAGGUGAGGAGCCCUGUGGAGGAACAGGACAGGACUCUUAGCAGCCCCGUGGAGCAGCAAGAGGUCAGGGGCCCUGCAGAGCAGGAGGACGGGUCCCCCAAUGGCCCCCAGCAACAGAUCCCUGAACAGGAGCUCUUUAACUCCUUCCACUACUGGCGGACCCCUAUCCCGCAAAUAGACCUGGAGCUGGAGCUGCAGGGGCCCCAGAAGCGGCCCUCAGCCCCGCCGCUCGCCCGCAGGCAGCUAGAGGAGCUGAUUGAGAACCUGGAGCCGCACAUCGAUGACCCCGACGUCAAGGCUCAAGUGGACGUGCUGACGGCUGCUCUGAGAGCUUCAGCUCUGGAUUCGGCUCUAGAAGAUUCUGCCUUUCUGGAGCCUCGAGCGGCCCAGUGUGAACCCUUCAGCACACAGCUGCUGUCUGCAGACACACAGAGGCGUGACGAUGGCGACUCAGACCUGAGCGACUGCAGUGUGAACGCUGAAGAGGAGGAGCGGCGCAGCAGCAGACAGCAGGAUGUGGUCCCGCAGGCGCUGCUGGAUCAGUAUCUGUCGAUGACGGACCCGUCGCGAGCGCAGACUGUGGACAUGGAGAUCGCCAAACACUGCGCCUACAGUCUGCCCGGCGUGGCGCUAACGCUAGGACGCCACAACUGGCACUGUCUGCGCGACACCUACGAGACGCUGGCCUCCGACAUGCAGUGGAAGGUGCGGCGGACACUGGCCUUCUCCCUCCAUGAGCUGGCAGGUAUUCUGGGAGAUCAGCUGACCGCGGCGCACCUGCUGCCCGUCUUCAACAGCUUCCUGAAGGAUCUGGACGAGGUGCGCAUCGGCGUCCUCAAACACCUCUACGACUUCCUCAAGUUGCUGCAUCAGGACACACGCAGGAAGUAUCUGUAUCAGCUGCAGGAGUUUCUAGUGACGGACAACAGUCGGAACUGGAGGUUUCGCUCUGAGCUGGCCGAGCAGCUGGUGUUGUUGCUAGAGUUGUACAGCGCUCAGGACGUCCACGAUUAUCUCCGACCGCUAGCCUUCUGUCUGUGCACUGACCGAGUCUCAUCCGUACGCUGGACAUCCUACAGACUGGUGAGCGAGAUCAUCAGGAAGUUGUCGUCGUGUUCGUCUCUGCUGGUGUGUUUCCUGUCGGAGCUGGUGGAGAAGUUCUGUCACUCUCAGAAGUGGUCCAGUCGUCAGGCGUUUGCCUUCGUCUGUCAGCUCUCCAUAGAGGAGGAGUGUCUGACUCUGGAUCAGUUCUCGGAGCAUCUUCUUCCUCCUCUCCUCCGGCUGGCGUCUGAUCCGGUUCCUAAUGUUCGAGUGCUGCUGGCCAAAACCCUGCGGCAGACCCUGCUGGAGCGAGAGUAUCUGUUGAGCUGGUCUCCCGGUCAGCAGGAGGCGCUGGAGCACACACUGCUGGCGCUGCAGACGGACGUGGAUAAGGAUGUGAAAUAUUUCGCUUGUGUGCAUCCAGGAAGUACCCGUCUGAACGAGGACGCCAUGAGCACCACUUCCUCCACAUACUGAUCACAUGACCGACCAGGACCUUCCCAGAAUGCACCUCUCUGCAGGGCUUGCGGGAUCGGUGUCGUUCUGUCUUUAAUUCACCACAGGAGCCUUAAACACGUCUUCCUUAAACACACACACACACACACACACACACAGCCACAGUAGCAGACUGACCCACUACCCACUGGGUUAACCAGCUCUGGGUUAACUGGCUUUGGUAAUGCUGAGUGUGCGUAACCACAUUGGGUUGUUAAGCAGCUCUAGUUAACAGGCUGAGGUGGGUUAACUAGUUCUGGGUUUGCUGGGUCAGGUAAUGCUAGGCUGGGUUAUUUUGCUCUAGUAAUGCUCAUGUGGGUUAAUCAGGUCUGAAUUAACAGGUCAAGAUGGGUUAAAGGGUUCUGGGUUAGUGGUGUCUGGUAAUGCUCGGGUGUGUUAACCAGCUCUGGUAAUACUAGGGUUGGUUAACCACUGGGUUAACGGUGUGUGUGGUAAUACUCAGGUGUGUUAACCAGCUCUGGGUCACUUGUCUGGUAAUAAUCAGGUGGGUUAACCAGCUCUGGGUCACUUGUCUGGUAAUAAUCAGGUGGGUUAACCAGCUCUGGGUCACUUGUCUGGUAGUAAUCAGGUGGGUUAACCAGCUCUGGGUUUGCUGUGUAAGGCAAUAACCAGAUGGGUUAACUUACUGUGGUAAUACUUGAGUGGGUUAGCCAGCUCUGGGUUAGUUGGUGUCUGGUAUUAGUCAGGUGGGUUAGCCAGUUAUGGUUACACUAGAAUUGGUUAACCACUGGGUUAGUUUUGUCUCCUAUUACUUGGGGGAGUUAACCCAGUUAUCUGGUAAUAAUCAGGUGGGUUAACCAGCUCUGGGUCAGUUUAAGUCUGGUAGUACUCUAGUGGGUAACCCAGUGUCACCAAACCUUAUGUUAGUGUGGGUUAACCAGCUCUGGGUUAGUUUAAUUUGGUAAUACUCAGAUGGGUUAUUUGACUACGGUUACACUAGAAUGGGUUACUUGGCUGCUGGUUAGCUGUGUGUGUGGGGGGGGGUGUGGGUGUAUGUGGUGCAGGGUGUGUGUGGGUGUGUGUGAAUGUUCUGAAGGGCUGUUUUAAUGUUGCGCUGCAGCACAUUGUUGUAGCGCUGGACGUGUGUGUGUGUGUGUGUGUGUGUGUGUGUGUGUGUGUGUGUGUGUGUGUGUGUGUGUGUGUGUGUGUGUGUGUGUGUGUGUGUGUGUGUAUGAACUGGUUUUUAACGUUGUGAAUGUGAACUGAAGCCUGGAGUGUUUUACCGCUGCCCCUCUGUCCUCCUCCUCUUCUGUAUAUACUCUUCUGUUUUUGAUCAUCAAUAGCUGAUCUUAUUCUCUUAACUGUCCACAAUAAACUUUACAUUAAACCUG